AUGAAACGCGGUGCAGCAAAUUCAACCAGUGAUUUGAGAAAUAAACGAUCGUGUCUACCAAACAACAAUAAUAACAGUGAAAAUCAAAAACGUCAACGUUCAAACAAUUAUAAUAACAGCAGUUCAUGUGCUGCAGUCUCAUCAUUAUCUGAAACAAUGAGUAGUAUGAUGGAUCAAAAUAUUGACACACUAAUUCAAAUGGGUUUUGAAGAUCGUAACGCAGUGACAAAAGCAUUACAAAGAGCAAAUAAUGAUAUUUCAGAGGCUGUCACUCUUUUAACUGGAAAUGGACUAUUUGAUAAUGACACUAAUAAUAAUAAUAGCAAUAGUCAAGCGAUAGGUCACGAAGUGAACCCGUUUAUUGGACCAAAAACUAAAGAACAGAUCGAAGAUCAAGAACAAAAUAUGAUACAAUCCUCAUCGUCCAACAACAUGAAUACAUCAUCAAAUGUAGAUAUUCUGGAGGAUUCAUCACAUUUUCCAACAACAACAUAUCUAGAUCUUGAAACAAAAGUAUUUUCUGAACAAUGGUCAAUACCAUACAAAAAAGAUGAACCACUUGGAAAAUGUCUAGCUUUUGCCGCCAAACUGGCGAAAGAAGGUACUGCUGAUCAAGAUGAACAUUGUAAGCGUUUCAUGGAAAUACUUGUACCGGAUGCUUUUAAAAAGUUACAAACAACAAAUCCUGUUAACAUUUGGGGACCUGAAAUUCAAACGGGCAUAUUAGAUAUGCUCGAAAUGUUUAUUGACUUAGUGGCGGCACGUUUAUCUUAUUCACCUGUACCCAUUGCCCUUCUCGAAACAUUAGCCACUUGCUUUGAUGCGGACACAACAUUUCAACGUAAACAUAAAAAUAAAUCAUAUGAGCGUUCUUAUUUUGAUAAACAACUUGGUGACCGAAUACUAGCUUCACCCCCGCAAUCGUUUUCAAUGAAUAGAGAAACACAUGGUUGGCUAUGUUCAUUAAUUAAUCGUUUCGUUGCAAAAGAUGGAAUUACAAAUUUAAAGUCACAAUUUAAUGAAAAUUUAACAGCUCUGGAAUACAAUGCCCUUCUUUCACCGUUUAACAGCUGUAUGGAUUAUAUUCUUUCCGAAAAAUAUCGUCAGUUAUUCGAAGAACAUAUUGAACAAGCACUUGCUCACGUAAAAAAUUUGAAAGAAGAAGAUUUUAAAGUGAAGUCUACCAGUUCUGUUUUUGAUUUACUUUCGACGUUAAAAAAAAUAUCUUGUUGUGUUUGGCAUAAUCAAAUUGAAACUGUAGAAGAGUUACAUUUAAAUCUUGUCUUAAAAAUGGUCCAGUCAUCUAAUUUUAAUGCUAAAAUGAAUUCAUUAAAAGAAUUAUCCAAAAUUAUAGAAAAUUGUACAUCAUCAAUGUCAAGUAUAUCGAAAGUAUCUAUGCAUCGUGAUAAUGUAUCAGAAUGGAUUAUUGAACAUUCAAUAUUGUCAAAAGCUCUAGAAGGAAAUAUUGAUCAAAAUCAGUACGUUGAAAAAGUGAGAAUUCUGGUAGAAUUUAUUUCUCAGAGAAUAUUAAAAGAAGAUAUUGAAGGCAUAUGGAAAAUGCAGUAUGGUCGUUCUAUGGUCGCUAUUGAUCAUUUAUAUAGUUUAAUCGCAUCGGCUGCUAGUAAGUUUUCAUUAGAACAAAUAAAUUAUUUGAUCAACUUGAUUUAUGAGUCUUGGCAAAAAGAAUCAGUUUUAAUUCAAGAAAAAUUGAUUCAUUUAUUGGGAACAAUAGGGCGAGAUUGUUACAAAGAUUCAUCGGCACGAAUUUUAGAAGUUUUGUGGUCUAUGGCACACGAAGAACGUAUUACUCGAGUAAUGCUUGAUCAAAUACUUUGUUGUCAUUAUAAAAUCUUCAAUGAGGGACGUUUAUUACAUGAAAAUCUGAAACGCAGUUAUUGUUUAAAAUGUAUGGAGGAUCUCAAAAAUAAACAAUGGCUUGUACCAGCUAUUCGACAUAUUCACGAGUUGUUAAAACAAAAUGAUUCACCAACAUUUAAACGCAAUGAUAUGAAUCUGAUAUCGUUAUUAGUUGAUGGAAACGAUUUAAUAUUAUAUUUAAUUCAAAGUUUAACAACAUGUCAACAAGAUGUAUGGAAAAAAACUGGAGGACAAGUAAAAAUUGAUACAUUGGUUGAUGGACGUUUUACUCAUGAAGAAUCAAUCAAAGCACAUUUAGAUUUAUUAUCGUUUUUAUUAAAAAAAGGCAACAUGUUUUUAGUAUUGCGUCGUGCAGAAGAAUUGUGGGAUACACUUAUUGUUAAUGAAAAAACAUCCUUGUUUGAUAAAGAAUUAGGUCUUAAUUGGUUUAUAACAUGUGUUGAUGAUAUCAAUAGAGAAUCUCAAACAGCACUAUUUCAAAAACGUGUGGCAAAAUUAAAUCCUUUACAUUUAUCUCAGAAAGGUUAUGCGUGUUUCAAAUUAUAUUUUGAACAUUGUAAUUUACAAUAUGAUAGAUUUGAUCAAAGUCGAUAUCACGGCUCAUCAUCGUCAUACAAUAUUGAACAAUCUGAUUUAUUUGGUUUGGAUGCAUUAUGGGAAAUAAUUAUGUCGGUGAAUGAUGAUCGUUUAGCUGUUGAUGCCACAAAAUUUCUUAUUGAUAUGUAUUAUAAUAAACCAAAUGGUCGAUCUCGUCGACAAUCCCAUCAAUUAUUACAUGAACGCUUUCUUAAAGAAGUUUAUUCACGUUUAGCCGUAUUAUUAAACGAAGGUUUUGUACCAAACAUCCCUUAUUUAUCAAAUAAUAUUUAUACAGCAUUACGAUUAUGUGGUGAACAACUUAUCUCGCGUACGUCUCCUGCUUCUCCUCAAAUGGAAUCCAAUAAUGAUGGUGUUAUUGUUGAUGGUGAACAUCUUGAACGAAUGGAUUUAGACUUAUGGUUAACAAAAAUCGAACGUUUAUUAAUGAUAACUGAGGAAUAUAUUCAUACCGUAGAAAAUGAACAAUCGUAUACAUCACAUAUUUCAUCAUUUUAUGGUUUAGAAUUUCAAUUAAAAGUUGUACUGGGAGAUGUAUCCUUAUUAUCAUCUACCACUUCGUCAAAGACUCCAUUAUUACAACCAAAUAUUCAUUACGAUUUAAUUACCGUUCAUAUGAAUGAUACACUUGAAUCAUUACGCUCGCGUUUAGCUCAGCAUUAUAAAGUAUCUCCUCAAGAUUUACAGAUUUCUGUGAACGCAUCAGCUUUACCUCCAUUUCCAUCAGUUCAAUCAUCGAAUAAUAUUCUUGGUGGUUCAGCAAUACCACUUCAGUGUUCAUCAUCAUCAAACAACAACAUAAACAGUUCUAAUAAUAAUAAUAAUAAUACUAGUAGUUCAGGUAACAACAACAUGUUACCAUCUUAUUUUAAUUCCAAAUACCUUUAUCAAUUACAUAUUGAACCAGGAAUGUAUAUUUUUAUUAAAUUAACGGGUUCAUUAAAUCAAAUAACUCAUUCAUCAGUAUUGAAAGAAUCCAGUUUACAACCGAAUGAGAUCAGCCGCAAUGGUCAUUUGGCUCCAUUAAUGUUUUCUGGUUUAGACAAUGCUUCAUCAUCAAGAGCAUAUCCAUCGAUUAUGAUGGCUGAUAAUUCAAGAGUCUACGAUGUUUUAUAUAAAUUAUCGUUGAUAAAUAAUAAAAAAAUUCAUACACGAAUAAGAAAUUUAUUACGUUUAAUGCCAUCUGAUACGCGGAUUUUGGAUGUAUUCGAUUUGGUUUCUACAAGAGCGGCUGCUGCAUCAGCUUGUGAAAGACGACAAUCAUCUGAUAGUGGAAUAUCAAUGAAUUUACAACCAAAACAAGCUAUUCAAUUUCCAUUCUUUAAUAAAGAACAACAAACGAGUUUAAUACAGCAAUUGUAUAACUUAGAAAUAUUAGCGGGUAAACUAAAGCCAACAUCGACAAAUAUUGGAAUUAAACAAAGUGCCAAAUUAUUUAGACAAGAUUUUAUUGAAAAUGAUGGUUUAGAAUUUCUCUUACAAUUAUUAAAUCAUUUUGAGACUGAUCAACAAGGGGAUGAUGCUGAAUAUUAUUAUAAAUUACGACAAGAAAUGACUUCAUUGAUAUUACAACUCGUCAAACUAGUUCUUUGUGGUAAUGAGAGCGGUAAUGUAUCUGAUGUAAUACCUGAAGAACAACCAACAACAAUAACAACAACAACAACUGUCGCUACCGCUGCUGCUUGUCCUCCUCCAAUAGCUCCUCCAAUGCCCGCGAGCCUUGCUGUUACAUCUCCAGCGUCUAGUUCAGACGAUAUAAUGGAUUUUGAUUUUCAACCAUGUGUUGAACAUUUACAAUUUGAGGAGUUUGUUUCAACGGUGACACAAAUGAUUUUCUUAGCAUGGGCUGCGGCAGCUGGAAAUAUUCGUUUACAUGCACAACAAUGUACAAUCAAAGAACAAGUAAAAUUAGAUCGACAUAUUAUGUUAAAACAGUUAAAUAUGACAAAUAGCAGAAAUAAUAGUAAAAGUUCAAAUGAAACAUCAAACGGAAGUGAACAGAACAUUGUACAAUCUGGAAUGUGUGUCAAAAAAGAUUCCAUAUCUCCAUUAGACAGUGAAAUAGCAAAAAAAACAAUAUCGAUUAUUUUCCAUUGUUUUGAAAAACGUCCAGAAUUUGUUGCAUCGUUUCUUAUUCAACCAUUUUUUGCCGAUUUUAUUAUCGAAAUAUUAAUUGGUACACCUUCACAAGAUGUUCGUCAAUGUGCAUUGCAUAAUUUAACACUUUUAUGUAAAAUUGAACCAUUCACAUACGAUAUUCGUACAAUGUUUCAUCAAAUAUUAUUAAAAUGUCGUUUACCAUUGUGGUUAUCAUCGUCAACUGGUACACGUGGCCCAAAUCAAAAACUUUUAUCACAAUGCAUCGAAUAUUUUCAAUUACGUUGUCGUUUAACAGAAUAUUUAACAUGUGAUGUUCAACAUAGUUUGGGUAUAAAUGCUAAAACUUUAUUAACGGAUGAAAUCAAUUGGUUAGGUACUUAUACGGUAACGAAUGAAUUACGAUCAAUUGAUAAUAUAUUAUUUAUUGGACAUUUGCAUUUUAUUCGUACACUAUUAACAUGUGAAAAUAUAAAUAAAAUUGAACAUGGAAGAGAAUUAAUUCGUCUAUUGAUCGAUCAAUUUUUAUUUCCAGCAUCAAAAUCUAUGACAACAUCAGUGACAAAUAAUGGUAUGGUAAUCAUAUCGAAUGACGAUACGGUACCAGAACCAAAAUGUUCAACGAGUGAAAGUCGUUUAGCAGCAUACGAUGUCCUUGUUGAAUUAGCUCGACACUGUCGUGAAAAUUUAAAUAUUAUUGUCGACGAUUUAAUUAUGUUACAUCAUCGGUCAGUUAUUGAGAAACAAAACGAAUGGGAGUUUAUGCCACAAGUAAAUCCUCGAGCAUCGUGUGGUCUUGUUGGUCUUUACAAUGGUGGUGCAACAUGCUAUAUGAAUGCUGUACUUCAACAAAUGUAUAUGUUACCAAACAUAUCAGAAUAUAUCUUAAGUGUACACGAUGAAAGUUCAGAAUCAACACUAUUUUAUCAAUUACAACAAGUAUUUGGUCACUUGAUGGAAAGUAAAAUGCAAUUUUAUAGUCCCGAACCAUUAUGGAAAGUAUUUCGAUUAUGGGGUCAAGAAAUUAACAUUCGUGAACAACAAGAUGCAUUUGAUUUUUUUACGGCAUGUACCGAUCAAAUUGAUGAAUAUUUGAAAACAAAUAAACGAGAAGAAAUAUUUCGUAAAAAAUUUGAAGGUAUAUUUUGUAAUCAAAUGAUAUGUAAAGGUGGUUGUUCACAUCGAUAUGAAGGUGAAGAAAAAUUUAUGGCAUUAAAUGUGGCUGUUAAAGUUGAAAGUUUAAAUGAAUCAUUAAAUCAGUUUGUUAAAGGUGAAGUAUUAGAUGGUACGAAUGCCUAUUACUGUGCAAAAUGUCAAGAAAAACGUACGACAAUAAAACGUUUAUGUAUUAAACGUUUACCACCCUAUUUAUGUAUACAAUUAAAACGUUUUGGCUAUGAUUGGGAAAAUAAUCGUGCGUUAAAAUUUGAUGAUUAUUUUCGUUUUCCAUGGAUAUUGAAUAUGGAACCGUAUACCGUCGAUGCUGUUAAUAGACGAGAUAGUUUUGUGGAUAAUGAUGAAACAAAUACUAAUGGAAUGCCAACAAAUAGACAUGGUGGUGGAGAAACAUUGGAAAAUUCGGCAGCAGGCGAUGCCAACAAAGUGUUUCAACGUUCAUCAUCUUCAUUAAAUCCUUCAACAAUCAACUACGAAUUAGUCGGUAUUGUUGUCCACUCUGGUCAGGCCAAUGCUGGUCAUUACUAUUCAUUUAUAAAAGAUAAAAAAACUGAUCGUUCUUCAAAUCGUUGGUAUCGUUUCAAUGAUACAAAUGUCGAAGAAAUACAGUUGACAGAUCAGUUGUUAGAUGAAGAGUGCUUUGGUGGCACAUUCAAAGUAAAUAAAGACAAUAACAAUAGUAAUAAUAAUAAUAAUUGGACUGAAGAACGAACGCGUUUUUGGAAUGCUUAUAUUCUAUUAUAUCAAUGUAUUGAACCAAAUAAAAUUCAACCACAAUCAUCAGUGCCCACAACUCCACGAACUCCUCGUACCAUGCCUGGCUCCGCUGUACGUAUUCAUCGUAAUAGUCCAUCGUUAACAUCAGGAACAUCCGUUGAUCGUUCACGUGAUAGUUUAUCAGAAUUAGCCGAUCUUGUUGUUCGAACAGAACAAGCCGAUAUUUUUAAACAAGAUGCAAUGCCAUCUAAUGUACUACGUUGUGUUAAAGAUGAAAAUCGAGAAUUUUUAAAAAAUCGUGAUACAUACUGUGAUGAUUAUUUUCAAUUAAUUUAUAAACUUGUUGGUGUAUGUUUAAAUGGUGAUCAGAAAUAUCAAGAUAAGUAUGUGGGUGUUAAUACCGAUGAUAUUUAUAUUGUUCAUAAUACAGAUGUUGAUGAUGAAGAUAAUGAGCAAACAUUUGAAUUAUGUACACGUUUAUCAACAAAUUUUAUUCUAAAUACAUAUUUUCAUACAAAUCGUCGUCUAAGGAAAGAUUGGACAACAUGUUGGGUACAAUUAUUAUCAAAAUUAUUUGUUAAAAGUGAAAAAUCAUGUUUAGUCUAUUUACAAAAUAUAUUAGAACGUGAUGAUAAUGGUUUAAAAUUAUAUUUACUCGAUUGUUCCAUUGAUGAUAUAAGAUCAUCAUUUGAACAAAUAAUGAAAAAUUUAUUAAAAUAUAGUCGGAAGCAUAUUUCUAAUAUUAGUAUACAAAAUCAAUUACGAUCAGCAGCAGAUGAUGAUGUUGAUGAUAGUAAUGAGACAAUUGUUGUAGUAAAUACAAUAGAUACACGACAUGAAUUAGCUGGAUGUUUAUCAAAAUUUAUUGAACAAUUAGUAUCAUUAUUAGAUAAAUCAGUUGUUGAACAAGUAAAACAUUCCCAAAAUUAUUUUCAAUUAUUAUAUCAUUAUUCUCAAUUAGAUACUCAUUGUGUUCAACAUUUAUUAAAAUUAAAUACAUUCCCAAAAUUAAUGACAUUUUUGUUAGGUACACCACCCACUUCACAGACUGUCGCUGAAAAUGGUUCAGUUAUUACAGCACCAGCAGAUGAACAACAGACAACAUCAAGGCGUUGGAAUUCUGGACAAGCAAAAGAAUUUGGAUAUGUUCAUGAAUUAAUUGCCACUUUAGCAUUAGCAUGUGAUACAUCAUUAAUACCUAUCGAUGAAGAAAGUAUACCAUUAUCAGAUGAUAUGAAAUUUUAUUUUUAUGGUAAAUUAUCAUAUAAAUAUUUAAAAGAAAUAUGCUACGCAUUUCAAGAAGUAUUACAAAUACAUUUAAAUAAAACUUUAGAAUUAUUAAAAAAAUUAUCAACGGAAAAUGAAUUAUUUUCUAUACAGUUAAUCAAAGCAAUAAUUAAUUCAAUUGCAACAUCAUCAACUAACGAUUUGAAAACAUUAUUCAAAUUAUUAAUGGAAAUUUUGUUGAUUGAUGAUUCAUUACAAGAUAAACGAUUAUGUUUAUCAUUUGAUGGUGUAACCGAAAGAGGUGGCGGUGAUAAUGUUCAAAAUAUGAAUGAUCUUUAUUCCAUCAUUCGUGCAAGUAUUAAUUCAGAUGGAAAACGUGCUUAUCAAUGUGUGAAAUUUUUAAUUAAUUUAUCGACUAGAAGUUCAACAUGUAAAGAAUAUCUUUAUUCUGCUGCUCCAAAUUGGGAAACGGCCAUAACAUGGUUGAAAGAACAAAUGACACAUAAUUGGGCCUGGUCACCAUCUAUGAAUCAAUCAAACGAAGACAGUGAUAGUCGAUCAUUUCAGCGAACAAAAAGUGCACAAUUCACAUUAGAAGAAGCACAAAGAUUAUUAAAAUCUGGAAAUGAGAAUAUAGAAUUGAUGGACUAUGAUUUGAAUAAUAAUAACAGCAACAACAACAACAGUCAAUCAUCUUCUCAAUCUACAAUUAUUGCCGAUGAAUUAAAAUAG